AUGUCAUCAUUGGAAGUAAUAAUCAAUCACGUGAUGUCAAAUAAUAAUAAUAAUAAUAAUAAUAGAAGACAAGGACUAUCUCCAACAUCGUCGUCAUCAUCAUCAUCAUCAUCAAAUAACGGUACUAGUCCAGCUGACAAGAUCAAUGGAGGAAUCAUUAAUAUCAACUCUACACCAAACAAUGAGAAUAUAAUCAGUCCAACAAAGAGAAAGGAAACUGUUAGAAUAGGUGAAUAUGCAAUAGGUGAUAAGAUUGGUAAAGGAGCAUAUGGACAAGUAUACAAAGGAUUGAAUAGUAAGACUGGUGAUUUUGUUGCUAUUAAACAGAUUGAUCGCAUCAAAAUCGAUGCCAAUACAUUGCAAAGUGUAAAGAGUGAGGUUGAGAUCUUGCAAAAGCUCAAUCACAACAAUAUCGUCAAGGUGCUUGGAUGUGUAGAGUCGCAGUCUCAACUCAACUUUAUCCUAGAGUAUGUAGAGAAUGGAAGUUUGCGUGACGUCGUUGAAAAGUUUGGACCGUUGAGUGAAGAGUUGGCAACAGUCUAUCUCUACCAACUAUUACAAGGCUUGGCAUAUCUACACACCAACCGUAUCAUCCAUCGUGAUAUUAAAUGUUCAAACAUUCUCAUCACCAAAGAAGGUGUCAUUAAAUUGGCUGAUUUUGGUGUUGCCUCUCAACUCUCUGACGAAGUUCAAUUAAGAUACAGUGUUGUUGGUACUCCUUAUUGGAUGGCUCCUGAAGCUAUUACUAUAUCGGGACAAAGUAGUUCAAGUGAUAUUUGGUCAUUGGCAUGUACAAUGAUAGAGUUGAUUACUGGACACCCACCAUAUUAUAAUCUACAACCAAUGAGUGCAAUGUUUAAGAUUGUACAAGACCCACAUCCACCCUAUCCAGCCAACAUCUCCAAGCAAUUUGAAGAUUUCCUCAAUGUAUCUUUUGAAAAGGAUCCAAAUAAGCGUCCAACUGCCGCUGAAUUAUUACGUCAUCCAAUUUUUAAAACUAAUCAAAGUGGUCAAUUACCAACAUUAUCAGAAUUACAAGAUACAUUGAAAACAUUGAAUGGAAAGAGUAAACCAAUUAGAGGAUCAGUUGCAUCAAUUGAUUGGACUGGAAGUACCAACAGCAGUAGUAGUGGUGGUAUGGGUAACAGUGGUAGUUCGAUUAGUACAAGCAACAGUGGUGGCAGUGGAAAAUCCACACCAUCUCCAUCAACCUCUUUGAAUAAUUCACAUAAUGGAGAAAGUGAAGAUAUCCUAAAGUUACAAUCUCUUGUCCAACAUCAACAACAAACCAUCUUUACAUUAUCAGAAGAGAUUGCAGGUCUUAAAAAACAAUUAAAAGAUAAUCCUUUUAUGGAAGAACAACAAUUUUAUAGAGAAUUUUUCAUGGCAUUGGCUAUUAGUGUAAAAGUAAAUCAAUGUUAUUUGGGUAAAAAUUAUGAACAAGUCAAUAUACAGGGAUUGUAUGAAAAUGCUAGAGCACAAGAUAUCCCAUGGUACAGUUUGAUUGAAUGGAUUCCAAAACAAAUCAUAAUUAAAGAAGCUGAAGAGAGAGAAAUUCAAAAUUGUCAUAAAAAGAAGGAUAGUAGUACAAGUAGAUUUUCAAAAGCUCUUGGUAUAUUCUCAAGUAGUAAUAAUAAUACAAAUAAUAGUAAUACAAAUAAUAAUAAUAAUGACAAAGAUAAAUUAAAUAGUAGUAAUGAUUCAACUAAAUCGUCAUAA